AUGCGUCGAAGCCCGCGCAAGGCGCGGGGGAACGACGGCUGGGACGACGAGGCCUGGGCGUCGAACUCGGAUGACGAGGAUUUUGUCGCACGGGUGUCUACGAAGCGCACGCCAAGCGCCGCAUGGGCAGGCGCCAUGGAAAACGACGCGUACAUGCACCUUCCGCAGGACGUGCCGGCCUCGCCGCCGCCGCCGCCCGAGCCAAAGUGCGAGACAAAAGCCAAGCCGGCAGUGGAUACCAAGAGCGAUCGCAUGAACGUGUUUGUCGCGUCGUGGGCGGAGCGCAGCAUGUCGCUUGCGUCGCCCGAGCCGGCGACGAUGCCCGGCCUCGACGCACUGAUCGAGGACCCCAUGGCGAUCCUCGACGCGUACCGCACACAGCUGCGCUGCGCGAAUACACGCACCGACACUGAGCCGGAGCCAGAGCCAGAGCCAGAGCCAGAGACAUCCGCGCACGACGAGAGCCACGACGUGGGCCUCCAGUCGUCGCAUGCCGCGCCGAGCGCGCCCGCAUUCGACCCGCUCGCGACGAGCGGCGACGGGAUCAUGAUGACGCUCGGCGACUAUGAGCCACCGCCGCCGCCGCCGCCGUCGCUGCCGCCGCAGCCGCGGGACGUGCCGCAGAAAAGCACCGAAGUGCGCCGCCAGCCGAGCACACGGACGCUCCGGCGGCACCAGCAGCUGGCCGACUGCCUGGACAGCGACGAGGUGGACCUCCAUGCGCUGCGCACGCUGGCGUGGAAAGGCGUGCCGAGCGCGCUGCGCCCGGUCGUCUGGCCGCUCCUCCUCGGCUACCUCCCCGCGACGGCGGUGCUGCGCACGGCGACGCUGUCGCGCAAGCGCGCCGAGUACGCGUCCGGAGUCGAGCGUGCGCUCGCCCAAGGCAAGGAGGCGCUCGACCAGCCAAUCUGGCACCAGAUCCAUAUCGAUGUCCCCCGGACGAAUCCCGGGAUCAAGCUGUGGCAGCAAGACGCGACGCAGCGUUCGCUCGAGCGCCUCUUGUACGUGUGGGCGAUCCGGCACCCCGCGAGCGGCUACGUCCAAGGCAUCAACGACCUUGCGACGCCGUUCUUUGAGGUGUUCCUCUCCGCGUACAUCGACAGCGACCCCGAGCAGUACGAGCUGGCGCAGCUGCCCGCGCAUGCGCUGCAGGCGGUCGAGGCGGACACGUUUUGGUGCCUGUCCAAGCUCCUGGAAGGGAUCCAGGACAAUUAUAUUUUUGCGCAGCCCGGCAUCCAGCGGCAGCUGCGGCGCAUGGGCGAGAUUGUGGCGCGCGUCGACGCUCCUCUCCACGCGCACCUCGCGGCGGAAGGCGUCGAGUACAUCCAGUUUUCCUUUCGAUGGAUCAACUGCCUGCUGAUGCGCGAGAUGAGUGUGAACAGCAUCAUCCGCAUGUGGGAUACCUACCUGGCGGAAGGCGCGGACGCCUUCUCCGACUUUCACCCCUAUGUCUGUGCCGUAUUCCUGCACAAGUGGCGCGCGACGCUGCUCGAGAUGGAUUUCCAGGGUAUCAUUAUGUUUCUACAGAGCCUUCCGACGCAGCAGUGGUCGGAUAAAGACGCCGAGAUGCUGCUCAGCGAAGCGUUCAUGUACAAGUCGCUGUUUGGCAACACGGCGCACCUCCAUACGUAG